GACGCUCCUUCUCGUCGGCUCCUCCACGCAGAGCAGAAUCGCGGGCUCAUGUGUCAACAUCCAGGCUUUCCCCCGGGGAGGCGGAACGUUAUUUCAUAAAAAAAAAUUCUGGUCAACAUUUUUUUUGUUUGCUUCCGAAAAAAAAAAAAAAAAUCCUAUUCUUUUAGUAGUCAUCGGCGAUUGUUCUGACCGUCCAGACCAGGAUUGUCGCUACGGGUCUCCAUCCAACGUCGUCGCCCACCAUGACAGAGUACAAAGUGCGAAUAGCGAUCGUUUAAAAAAAUCACAUAUCCGGGCGACGCGUUAGCUUAGCGAGCCAGCCAAGCCCGCUCGGUCGGAGCAGACGACGCAGACUCGGCGAGGGUGCGGACCGCUGCUGACAUGAUGUUUCCUCAAUCGAGGCACUCGGCAUCCGCUCAGUCCGGCCAAGCUCUCAAGUUUACCACCUCGGACUCGUGUGACCGCAUCAAGGACGAGUUCCAGUUCCUCCAAGCACAAUACCACAGUUUGAAGUUGGAAUGUGACAAACUUGCCUCAGAAAAGUCGGAGAUGCAGCGUCACUACAUCAUGUACUAUGAAAUGUCCUACGGGCUGAAUAUUGAAAUGCACAAACAGGCUGAAAUAGUCAAGAGAUUGAACGGCAUCUGCGCUCAGGUGUUGCCUUACCUGUCCCAGGAGCAUCAGCAGCAAGUCAUGGGUGCCAUCGAGCGAGCCAAGCAGGUCACGCCCCCUGAAAUGAACUCCAUCAUACGGCAACAGCUGCAAGUCCAGCACCUGUCCCAGCUGCAGGGUCUGGCCCUGCCCGUGGCCCCGCUGCCUCUGGGCCUGACCCCACCCACCCUGCCGGCCGUUUCGUCCAGCUCGGGCCUGCUGUCGCUGUCUUCCAUCUUGGCCAACUACUCUCACGGUCAGGCCCAGGCAGCCAAGGAGGACAAGGCCCGCGACGGCGCCGAGAGAGCGCCCAGACCGGAGGACGGGGACAAGUCCGACUAAAGGGUUUCUGACGGGUCUCUGAGGUAAAGCUGUCACUGUGUGCGCGGAGGUGGGUGCCAGUGUUGUUAAGAAGAGCAGAGACAAUGUCUGGCGAGGAGUGACGUGUAGAUAUUAUUAUUUAGUGGACUUAGUAGACUCAUGCUUGUAGAUUUUGACUUAGACGCCAUUGUAGUGCAAGCCACUGUUUGUUUGUUUGUUUGUUUGGAGUGACAGCCUUCACGCUCUUCUUCUUCUUUUCAUUUCUUUGCUUCCCCUCCAGUCCCUCUAACGUUCCUCGGUCCUUCACUUAAUUACUGGACCUUUGUUCAUUUGUAGUCCAAUGAAAAUGUUUCUCAAAGGAACAGUCAACCUCAAAACGUCACCCUUCACUUUUAAAAAAAUAUUUACUUGAUUUUACUGCUUUAUUUGUUUUGCAACGCCACUCAGCUGCGUACCUCAAUCCCAUCUGAUGGGGUUUUAUUCCAUGACAACGCUUUGGAACGUAUCGUGUACUUGAUCCACCUGAGGCUGCUUUGGAGGGGAUUUGUCUUAAAAAGUUUUUUUUGUGUGAAACUGCAGGCAGAUUAGAAAUGGAAAAUAUGUGCUUGCGUGUGUGUGUGUGUGUGUGUGUGUGUGUGUGUGUGUGUGUGUGUGUGUGUGUGUGUGUGUGUGUGUGUGUGUGUGUGUGUGUGUGUGUGUGUGUGUGUGUGUGUGUGUGUGUGUGUGUGUGUGCGUAUUUGGGGAGAAAAUUAAAACAUUUUUUAUUUGUUAUGAUUGAACUCUUACUUGCUUGAAGCACCUUUUUUUUUGUUGAACCUGAGAGGGACAAGCAGUAGAAGAUGGAUGGAUGGUUUACAUUCUUACUACAGCUUCCCCUGCUGGUCCAGUCUUUAUUUGAUCAAAACAUACAGAAGAGAAGUCACUUUUUUCUCUCGCUUGAUUAACGGCAGCUUUUCUUUCAAGCAUAUAAAUAACUAGAAGGGUCACACUGACAAAAAGAAAAGAUAAGGGUUAAAAUAAUAGUAUUUUUUUGCAUAAAAGUACAAUUUAGUUUCCAUAAAAUAGUAUGUUUUGUUUUUAUACAAAAAGUUAUUUUUUUCUUAACAGUUCUAUUCUAAAUAAAAAAAAAAAAAUCUCAUUUCUACUUUACUUUUUUAUUCAUGUGAAAAUAUUUUUCAGUUUUUUUAAAAUAAAAUUAUAUUUCAUAAUUUAAACUUUCUUUUUCAUAGAAGGUUAAGACAUCAUUUUCGUAAAAUUCAACUCUUCUCUUUUUACAUAAACGGACAUCUUUGGUGCAUCAAAUUACAAAUUAAAAACAAAUUCCUUCCCCCCAAAUUACAAUUUCCGUUCUAUUUAAUUUCCAUUUCAUUUGUUAAAAAAACAAUUUGCGCAAAUUAAUAUUUUAAUUGUAAUGUUUGAUUUUUCCUCAACUUCCUUUGGCAAAACUUGAUUUGUUGCGUAAAAUAAAGAAGAGUUUCGAGUAAAAUUAUGACACAUUUUUUGUAAUAUUACAACUUUGCUCUCGCAAUAUUCUGCUAAUCAAUUUUCAAUGCGGAGUUUUCCUAUUAUUACAUGUUUAUUCAUUGAAAGUUAGUAAGUAAUUCUGCUGUGAUGACUGAUGUGUCCUGAAUGAGGUAUAAACUAAAUAUACACACAAAUAUAAAUGCAUAUAAAAAAAUCUUACAAUAUUUAUUCACAGGGUAGUUUUUUUUUUUUGUGUGUGUCAGUUUUGGAAUUAUCAAUGGCGCUUCUGCAUAUGGCCAGCAGGGGGCAGCGCUGUUCUCAUUGGCACUUGGUGUGACGUCACACACUCGCAAGGCUGAUCUGAAGUCAGUUAGAAUGUAGUUCUUUCAAACCCCCAACCAGAGCUUAGACUACUCCCUGAAAACUUUUUAUCUACUUUUCUAAUUGCUUUUUCUCCAUUUACCUAUUUCGUAAAAGCACUUAAGUGGCGACUCUGUGCUAAAAUAAUUUCCCCUAAAUAUGAAAAUGUCCUCCCUGGUAACAGUCAAAUGAAUGCUGUGUGCGUGUUUUUGGUUUUGCGCUGAGAAGGGCCAAUUUGUAUACAUAUGAAUAUAUCAAUAUACAUAUUUUUUAAAGCAUUUUUGUAUGUUUCAAAGCUGCUUUUUAACGUGUGUGUAACAUGGAAGAUUUGUUUGUGUGCGUGUGUGUGUGCGCGCGCGUUACAUUAAGAGGCACAAUGUCCAUUUUUGUUUUUCCUCUCUUUCUCUCAUCCUCUGCAACACUUUGCUCAGUUUGUAAAUGUUUGAUCCUUUUUUUGUGAAAAACAAAAAAUGUGUUUUCGAAAGCUAAGACAACAAGAAGAAGAAGAAGAAGAAAAAAAAAAGAAAAGAUGUAAAGUGGAAAAACUGUGUAAGCUAAUGACAACAAAUCAACCUUUUAGCAGUAAGGGAGCUUCUCUGGUGCCUUACAAAUAAAAGAUGUGAUUGAUUGGA